AUGGAGACGACACCGGACAACUUACCUGACAUUGCCAACUACCCGGCUGACAAGCGGGUUCAUCGUCACCCCUAUUUGCUUCGGUGUCUUCACGCUGCAAUCCACCACCUAUAUGCAGUACAGCUACCCCUCGGAGGGCAAAAGGCUGAGAAUCCUUGGGUGAUGGCCGCCCUCUCGCCGUCUUGGCCACCCACGUUGCGUCAAUCCGCCUCCGGCUUUGGCCUUGCUUCCAACGCAGAAGAUGCUAUCUCUAUCAUAUCAUUGAAAAGUGAGCAAUGCACCGGGAUCAACGAGUAUUGUGAACCGAGAUCUAAUUUCCUGCCAAGCAGGUCAAUCGGGUUCCUAAUCGCUUAUAUCACCGCUGCUUCUCUGCCGGCUUUUUCAUCAAAUCUGACCGAGGAGGUGACCGCUUCUCGAACGUCAAUCACGCGCCAGUACGCGGCGGGGGAAGAUCAAGCGGACCAACCGAUUCGCUGGACGAGCUUGAGGAGACCCAGGGCGUCAAGAUGGGCACGUCCGCGGUCAGGCUGGCAUAGGUACAUGAGCGGAGAGCAGGUGGCAGGGAUGGAAGUGCAGAAGCGGGCCAUGCAGAGGCUGCACCACAUUCCUCAUGGACCUGCUUCCGACGGAAUUCUACAUCACGUAACUUUUUUCGCCGGUACCGGAUCGGUGGCCUUCAGCCUUUCUUACUCAAGCUCACGCGAGCUCACACGCCCCAUCCACCUUCAUUAA